ACUUCCAAGCUUUCUGACCUAUGCCCAUGAGAGGCUGAGCUAAUACCGGGGCGAAGAAUUUCAGGCUGCAUCUGCUCUUUCCGCUGCCUACACUGUGGGCUUUCCUCUGUUGCUUUUUCUCUCUCCUUGAUGGAAUUAUAAGCCGGUUUCCCUGUAGGCCACGCCACCCGCCGGCUCCCCGCUCCCAGACCCCCUGCCGCAGGGCUAAGAAAAAGGAUGCUGUGAGGUGCACUGCAGCCAUUUUAAUUCUGGAGGAUCUGAACAUCCAAGCCCUGGCAACAAGUGACUUCUUUGAGUAAAAAUAGGGCCGGCGCAUCGCCUUGGAGGGAUUGGCAGCCAUAGGGCCAAAACAACACUCUGUUCCAGCCAGGAUUAGAGAGGAGAAACCGGGCUUUUUUAGAUUUUUUCAUUUGUAGCACAAGUCUAUUUUUGCAAAGGGAUUAUUCUUGACUAAAGUUCUGCAUUCGCUAUGACCGAGACGAUGACUGAAGUACGAUCAUCAACGACGACAACCACUGUCAUUGACAGCAAGAAUGGAGAUGUUGGUCAUAUGGUCAGGAUGUCAAAGAAGACCAUGACAGAUGACCUGUACAGCACAUUCAGCUCGCCCAUGGCAUGGCUCCUGGUCCUUGCCCUCAUUAUCACAUGGUCAGCGGUUGCUAUCAUUGUGUUCGACCUGAUGGACUACAAGGGGCUAUCCGGAAGUAUACAGGAAAUUGGCUCUGAUCCCAUGAAAGUUGUCAAUGAAGCGGUGGAGGAGUCCACGGACUGGAUGAACACGGUCUUGACCUUUGUGUCGGACCUGCUCGCUCCGGAGGAGGAUGAUGACUACGAAGGUGGCCGGGCGCAUGCAGUGAGGAAAAAAGGAGAAUUUCUACCACCCAGGGAGACAGCCAUUGAACCUCUUAAAGUCACUCAGCCUCCUGAAGAAAAACCAGAGGAAAAAGCCAUAGAGGAAACACAAGAGCCUGAAAAAGCUAUUGAACCUCCCACAGAAAAACCAGAGAAAAUAGCAAGAGUUGAAAAGAAAGAACCUGAAAAAGCCAUUGAACCCCCCAAAGAAAAACCAGAGAAAAAAGCAAGAGUUGAAAAGAAAGAACCUGAAAAAGCCAUUGAACCUCCCAAAGAGAAGGCAGAGAAAAAAAUAAGGGUUGAAAAGAAAGAACCAGAAAAAGCCAUUAAACCAGCUAAAGAAAAACCAGAGAAAAAAGCAAGAGUUGAAAAGAAAGAACCCGAAAAGGCCAUAAAACCAGCUAAAGAAAAACCAGAGAAAAAAGCAAGAGAACCAGAAAAGAAAGAACCUGAAAAGGCGAUAAGGAAGUCAAAACUUGUGAAAGAAGAACCGGAGAAGAAGCUGGCAAAGCCUGAAAGGAAAGUAGAGAAGGCGAAGAAGGCAGCGAAGGCAGAGGAGAAAGCUAAGCCCAGAGCAGAGAUGCGGGCAAAGGCAGCAAUCAAAGAAGAAACCAAACAGAGGUCAGCCAAAGAGGUGAAGAGGAUGAUUGAGCCUGAACCAGCCAAAAAGAAGAUUCUAGGUGUGAGAAGUUCAGGUUCUAAGUUCCUGAGGGAUUCAAAGCUUAAGCUCAAGGAAGCAGUUAAACCGGAAAAAGCAGAGAAGAAAGAAGUUAAAACCAAGGAAAGGGUUUUAAAGAAAGAAAAGGAAGUAAAACCCUUGAGAAAGGCUGCAGUGAAAGAAGGAAAAGCGGUGACUGCAAAAACAAAAGUGGAAGACGUUUCAAAGAAGACACGUGAAGAACUGGCCCGUGUUUUACUGAAAAAGAAAGAACCAGAAGUUCAUAAAAAGGUGCCUGUCGAAGCAAAGCUGAAGAAAAAAGAGCCUGAAGUUGCAAAAAAGGAACGUGUAGCACUACCUAAGAAGAAAGCAGCAGAAGUGGUUAAGAAAGCACCUGUAGAGCCACCUAAAAAGAAAGAAGUUGCCAAAAAAGCAAAGACAGAAACACCAAAAAAAAAAGCACCUGUUAUAAAGGAGCCUGAAGUUGCCCCAUGUCAACCUAUGCCAGUGUACUGCCCAGCACCCCCUGGCUGGUAUGUGCACCACAUUAUUACAGACAAUCCAUUGCCACCUCCUGUUGUGACAGGUCCAGGAGUCCCCAUAGUAAUAACUCAGCCAGGCCCUGCAAUGCCAGAGGCUGAAGUUUCCAAAGAGAAAGUUCCUGUGCCAGAGGCUCCAAAAGAGGAACUCAAGCCAGCUGCCAUAAAGCAAGAGGCUGAAAUUUCCAAAGAGAGUGAGCAAGCACCUGUAAAAGAAGUUCCUGUGCCAGCGGCUCCAAAAGAGGAACUUGAGCCUGCAGCCGUAAAGCAAGAGCCUGAGGUUGCCAAGGAGGAGGUCAAGACCGCCCCAGUCGAAGAAGUGCCUGAGGCGUCCGAAGAGAAACCCGAACCAGCACCCGUAAAGAAAGAAGAUGUAAUUGUGGAGAAAAAAGAAGUCACAGUAAGUGAGGUUAAACCUUCAGCUGAUGAAAACAAAACGGCUGCAGACACAGAAACCAAAACGGAUGCGGACACAGGUAAGCCUGUGGAGGCUGAAGAGUCGCCUAACAAGGACAAACAAGAAAACGACCUGAAGCCGCCAACACCAGGAAACAACGUGACUGGACACAUGGAUGCAGAAAAGAAAGGGAAAAAGAUGCCGUACAUGCAAUGCGUGCUUGUGCGUGGGAAGAGGGGCCAGUUCCCCAUUAACCCCUUCUCUCCUGCGCCCCCCCACGUGAGCCAGGCAGAAAGACCCCCGGCGAUGGAAGAGAAACCCAGACCCCCGGGGAACUAGAACCCCAGGAUUUCCCCGCCCUUACCAGGUUGAUUUUUGCACUGUAGGCCUCACCAGCUCUGGGUGAUCCGUAGCGGUGACCUGGCUGGAACACUCGGAUAUUACAAGGGCUUCACUGCAAGCGCAGGUCAAUCAGGGAAUGAAGGAAAGGACUGACAGUUUUUAUUUUUUAUUUUUAUUUAUUUUUUACGUUUUCCGAGACAGGUUGAGCUGCCGUGGAUUUCAGAGUCUGUAAACCCCAUUCCUUUGCACACAGCUUUUGUGUUGUGUUUGGUGUUGUCAAGUUCAGUGCUAAGCUUCAAUGUUGUUUUAAUAAUAUAGUCAUUUUGGGGAGGGAAAAGAUUUCACAUACCCAGUGAAGUCCUGCAAAUAUGCAAAAUGCGUAACAUAUAAAAUCCGUUUCAUUUAAAUUCAGCCUGUUAAAUAAAAAUGGAAAAAUAAACAAUCAUAGUGCAUUAAACUUAACCAUUUUUAUUUGUACUUUAUAUGUGCAAUAUCAGAUUUCCUCUAUCAUGUUAACAGUAAACAUUUUUACUAAUGUAAUAUAUGUAAAGUUACACAUUUAUUUAUUUGUUACUGUAAAUUCUAAAAGAUCUAUGGAGUGUCCAUUAUAUGCAGUGAAUUUAGUGAAAGGCACAACGUAUAGAUUUAUAGAUUUGUGUCUUUUUGUUUUGUCUGUUUUUGUGGCUGUAUCGGCCAAUCUGCUUACUUGCUUCAAAAGGCCCCAGUGCAAUGUUUCUCCAUUUUUGUUGUUGAAUGGAUAAAAGUAAAAAAAAUCCCAUUAGAAAAAGAUUAAUCUACAAAUGACAGCAAGGUUUAGAACAUUUUGCCACUUGGGAAACAAAUAAAUUAGCUAUUAACCUACAAAUAUUUCUUUAUGGAACCCAGGUUUAUUUCUGGGUCUGAUAUUAACAUAUUCGUUUUCUGAUUUCAAAGGCACAUAUGAACUAUCUGUUUGAACAGUGAUGUGUCUGCAUUUCUUGUGCAUCUCAGUAAUCAGCCUUUCUGGCUGCAUUAAUGGCAAAUCUCCCAUCAUAACUUGAACAAAUAGUACACGGUGUAAUGCAUUACGAAUGAAAAUGUAUUACCAUUUUCCUUUAUAUCCAGCUAAUGGAUGUUACUGACCUUUCUGUUGUUGCACUGUGUUAAUUCAGCAGUCCACAGUAGGCGCCUUGCUGCUUUGUGUUUCUGUGUGUGUGUGUGUGUGUGUGUGUGUAAAGGAAUGAGGGAAAAGACAGUGGAAGUGGGGACACUGCUAAUUCGCGAGGUCUCCCUCCAGUGACGAGAGCUAGCUACCUCUUUCAGUGGUGUGAGCAAGCACUGUGAACACAGCUGUGGAAGAGGAGCGGAGCCAAAGUGUGCUUUCACACUUUUUAACGACCAACAGUGAUUCUUACGAGACUGUGUGUCCUGUGGAUGUUGUGUAACCGGUGGCGGUGAUAUUUCCACCGCCUUCCGGUAACUUCUGACACAUUUUACACACAGCUUUCUUUUUCAAUGCGCUCCUCAUUUUGAUAAUGGUGCUGUGCCCAUGCUUUUAGCAUAUGCUACGUAUUGAAAAUGAGGUUGAUGUGGAGAGUUUUGCAUUGUAAACUAUGUACCUGCUGCACUGAACUUGUUCAGUAAUAUAUGACUUAAUGAGACUAUGUCAAAUGUGGAGGAGUAUUGUUUAUGUACAUCUUUCAUAACAAUCAGUUAGUCAAUUAUUAAAACAGGAAAAUCCAGCAAAUAAGAGAUAUCCCUGUAAAUGUUUUCUAAGCUAAUUAUGGCUUAAUUAUGGCCGUAAUUAUGUGGCAUAAAUAUUUUUUAUUUUGUAAGUAAAAAAAAAAAAUCCAUAUCUGUGGGCUGGUUGGUUUGUAGCAUUUUUUUUUUUUUGGAGGACACACAAACAGAUGUGACAGCUUUACGAUCUGAUGAAAAGUAGGCCACAGGAAUAAUCUCACUUUGAAGUUCCAGCACAUGCUGUUUCCUGUUCCAGCACAGUGAGAGGAUCUAGUGUGUGCGCUGAGAUUCUCUGUGUAGAAUAACCCUGUUGCUGGAGGAGGAAUGACUGACUGACUGACUAAUAAUAAUAAUAAUGUGCUCCUCAUGUACAUUAUGUUGUUUACAGUUUUUAUUCUACUAAUAAUCAUAAUGGUAAAUUCUACUGCUCAGCUUUGUCUUGAAAUUAAUAGUGUCUCUAUUCAAUCUAACGUGUGAUUUGUAUUUACCUUCAUUGAAGCCCAUUUUUAGAAUAGUGCUUCCUCUAUUUAAUGGAAAUGUUGCAGAAUAUGAAAAAUUCGACAAUUGCUGGAGUUCAUUAUUUACGUCAAAGUGAAAUCACACUGCUAAUCACACUGUUAUUUGUUUGAAUAGAGUCUCAAGGCUUAUGAACUAACUAAAGUAAGAGUAAAGGCAAAUGUAUCCAGUGUACAUUCAUAGUCCACAGAAAUGUACCAUUACUUUACUUCACCAUGAAGAAAUGUUGGAAGGAAACAUCACUUUUUUUACCCAAGUUGAUUGAUAGCUGAGAUUCAGUCCAUUGGCGUUAAUCAGCCUGAUUUUGAGAUAACUUUCACAGCAAGUGCCUUCUUUAAUAGAACCAGUAAAGAGAGUCAAUGAGUAGAAAUUCAAGCAAAAUUAAUCACAAUGAAAUUUGUACUUUUUUUGUACUCAUACAAUUCUGUCCAUUUCACAUGCAUCGUCAAACAAUGCAUUUCACCCAGUGUGCAGAGCAAGUUGCUUGUUAGCUAUAUGAACAGACAAUGUUCAAAUACACCCAUUUGUCAAUAUAUACUGUGCUGUAUAUAUACACAUUAUUGAUCUAAUUGGACAGUGUUUCUUUUGGACUAGUUUAUUCAAAGGUGUUAAUAGCAACAAUACAAUUCAUCCUAUGCAUCGUGGACUACUUAUAACAUUCACAACCUUGUUACGGACAGAUAAAUAAUCAGUUUGAUUAACAAAGGCAGAGCCAGAGAGUGGUGGUUUUUAAUAGCUAAUAAACCCUCACACUUUCAUGGCCAUGUUCGUGUAUGGAAGACGACUACGCUUGUAACAGCUAGGCUUCAUCAAUGCAUGGGGGCUGAACACACCUUAAGACAGGACCAAUGCAUUCGCAGUUGGUCCACUGAUGGCAUGCCGACUAAUUACUCACAUUUAAUACAGGUUUUCUUUUUUCUUUGCAAUUCGCAAAUUUCAUUGAUGAACAAAUGCAAAAAACCGUUUGCAUUGAAAAACGUAACACUUCAACAGUCAUGGUCUAUCCAAGCGAUGUGAUACCACAAUUACACCAAUUAAGAGUGUAUCGUGGCUACAUUGCUUGGUACUUUCAAUGAAUGAUCCUUCACCCUGUUUAUGUAAUUAAUAAACACAUUCAUAAACAAGUAUGGCGAGAACUGCAAAUAGGAAAGUGCUGUGAGUCAUGACAUCAGCGGUGACUCAAUUCACCAUAUGCCUUUUUUUGUGGUUACUGCCAUCAGCAUUCACGAAUGCUUAUGAAAUGAAUGUGUUAUAUUCUGCUUAUGAAGGGCUUAUAUAGUGAAGGACCAUUCAUAGAAGGUGUUUUGUGUUUUCUGCUAUACUUACUCUAUAUUAUGCUGUUCCAUUCAUUAAACAAACGGUUGAAUUUUGAAAACAGUCAAAUCAGUGCAUUGGGUAGGAGGGUGUGGACACAAACUGUGCAUCAAUACAAUUCACAUGAUUUUAUCAAUGAUCACAAAACGACAAUAUAAAAUCUCAAUGGACUGUUACAUUGUGCACAGUGAAUUGUCUGAAAAGCUUAAGGUCUGCAUAUUGCCAAACUGUUUACAGUACGUUAUGGACCUUGCAAGGUUCAUGUUUUAAUUUCUUUUGUGAAAAAUAUGCUUUGAAAUGAUGCAAGAAUUGCAAUUUGUGAAUAAAACAUUAAUACAAUAAUAA